AGAAAGACAGUAUUAAAUAGCAUCCUGUUUGAGGAUGUGAGGAUCUUCCCGUCUCAAAUAGAGACCCAGACCCUGUUUUGCAACAUAUGGGAAGCUCAGGCUGUUGCUGUCAUGUAUCCAUUUGAUCUGAACAGGAGCCAGAUGGCUCUUCCUCUCCUCGGUCUUGAAUAAGACCAAACUUGUAGUAGCGAGACAGGUCCUUGAGAGGCCCUUCCCUUUUAUUUGUCAAGGACAGCUGACUACAGAGUGAAUGAAAGUAGUCUCUGGGGGAUUUAACAUAACAUCCUCUCUGCUCUCAGUGCUCGUAUAUUAGUGUGGAGUUAGUCAUGUUUCGCAAGGCAUUUUUCAUCUGUUCCAUCAAGGUGGACUGGGAUGCGUUCAGGAAGUCCCAUUGAGGUUAGCAAUCUCUUUCACAAGGGAGACCUGGCCAAGAUUGUCACUAUCUCAUAUGGAUGCAGUGAUUCGCCGUUGCCCUUUCUUGACUGUUGUUCCCAGUGUUUUCCUCCACCUGGGUGGGAAGACAUCACUGGUGAACUAUGCCCAGAAGUGUCCGGUGAUGUUGGGCCUGGCCUCCAGACCUCUGGAUAGAUCCUUGUCGUCUUCAGCUUUUUUGUCCAAAGGCGCUCUGAUGAAUGAUGACCCAAACCGCAAAAUCAAGUUGCCUUCAGGUCAGCCUGCACCUCCAGCUGGCCAGGCUGUCGUCUCCAAAUGCCCUUUCCUGGCUGCAGAGAUGGUGCAGAAACAGAACAGUGUUGUAAGAGAAGCCAGGAUGGAGCUGCAGGAGGAUGUCCAGGAGAUGCAGACUUACCGCAGUGGUAAAACAGGUUUGGAUUUAUCAGGUGUAGAUCAUAUCAAGGUGGACAAGGAUGUAUCUGCCAAACCAACCCAUCUGCUAAAGGACAAUCUACCUAAAGUUUCCACCUUCCAGUACGACCGAUUUUUUGAAAAGAAGAUCGAAAGCAAGAAGACAGAUCACACAUACAGGGUUUUUAAAACAGUGAACCGCUCUGCCACCUCGUUCCCCAUGGCAGACAACUACUCAGAGUCUUUGCAUGCGAAGACAAACGUGUCUGUCUGGUGCAGCAAUGACUACCUCGGCAUGAGUCGUCAUCCCAAAGUCAACCAGGCUAUCAUUGAGACAGUACGAAAGCAUGGUGCUGGUGCAGGAGGUACACGAAACAUUUCGGGAACAAGCAAAUUUCAUGUGGACCUUGAAUCUGAAGUAGCUGACCUGCACGGCAAGGAUGCAGCACUGCUGUUCACGUCCUGCUUCGUCGCCAAUGACUCCACGUUGUUUACUCUGGCAAAAAUGCUGCCAGGGUGUGAGAUCUACUCUGACGCAGGCAACCAUGCGUCAAUGAUUCAGGGUAUAAGAAACAGUGGGGUCGAGAAGUUCAUCUUCCGUCACAAUGAUGUCAGCCACCUACAAGAGCUGCUCGAGAAGUCCAACCCUUCCACUCCAAAGAUUGUUGCCUUUGAAACGGUGCAUUCAAUGGAUGGUGCAGUGUGCCCACUUGAAGAGAUGUGUGACGUUGCCCACAAGUUCGGUGCUAUUACCUUUGUGGAUGAAGUGCAUGCUGUGGGUCUGUACGGACCCAGAGGAGGCGGCAUUGGAGACAGAGAUAAAGUCAUGCAUAAAAUGGACAUCAUCUCCGGAACCCUCGGAAAGGCAUUCGGCUGUGUGGGCGGCUACAUCGCCAGCACCAGUGCUCUGGUGGACACCGUGCGCUCCUACGCUGCAGGCUUCAUCUUCACCACUUCCCUGCCCCCCAUGCUGCUGGCGGGGGCAACGGAGUCCAUCAAGAUCUUGAAAAGUGAGGAAGGCCAGGUGCUCAGGAGGAAACAUCAGAGGAGUGUCAAGCUGCUCCGACAGAUGCUGAUGGACUCUGGCCUUCCAGUGGUCCACUGCCCGAGUCACAUCAUUCCUGUCCGAGUUUCAGAUGCAGAGAAGAACACUGAGAUCUGCGACAUCUUGAUGUCUCGCUACAACAUCUACGUCCAGGCGAUCAACUACCCCACUGUGGCUAAAGGAGAGGAGCUGCUGCGCGUCGCCCCCACACCACACCACACGCCCCAGAUGAUGUACUACUUUGUUGAUCGACUGGUGAAGACGUGGAAGGAGGUGGGUUUGGAGUUGAGGCCGCACUCUUCAGGAGAGUGUAACUUCUGCCAGCAGCCGCUUUACUUUGAGCUGAUGAGUGAGAGAGAAAAGUCCUACUUCAAAGGUCUCAGUCACACAAUAUCAGCAGUGGCCUAAUGUUAUAUAUAUUUAAAAAAAAACUAAAUCUUGGUAAUAUUUAUGCUAUUUAUUUAAUUUAUUUCCAAUAUGUCACUGCAUAUUAAAUGAUCUUUAUGUGCUUAAAGCAUUCAUUCACUCUUGUGUGUUCAUUUUUAAUACAUAGACUCUGUGUUUAUUCUUUCACUUAUGUGUAAAAUAAGAUUUUUAGUGAAGGACUGAACCAUUACCAAGAAACUCAAACAUUAAAUAUAAGUUCCCUCUUAGAUGUUACAUAGCUACAUGUGACACAGCCAUGUAUUGCAUGCAGUUAGCUAAAACACCCAUACAUACACACAUACUGUACAUAGUAAACAACAAAAUGGGGUACACUCCCAGUCAUUAAAGUGUUACAUGAUGACAAAUAAUCCUCUUUAAUCACAUUAUUUUUGCUCAACAAGAAUAAAAUCAGUUAAUUUUAAGAAAUGAAUAUGUAACUAAAAGUUCUAUAUUUAUGAACUGCAGCAAAAUCAGCAGACUCUUCAUUUGUAAGAUUCUAUUUUUUUUUUUUUAGUUUGGAAUAUCUUGUAUAUCCAUUUGAUGACAGAUUUGAUUAUUCUGGUGAAUAUAUGACAGCAGUGUACAAAUAUGCAGAGAGAUGUUCUGCCCUUCUUCCCAGAUGUUUCUUUUCAGCUGUUCUUCAGUGGAAGGAUUUUGUAUUUCAGCCUUCUGCUUGAGUCUAAAAGUUUUCUACUGGAUUCAAGCCUCUGUUCUUGACCAGGUUGUAGUUUUUUUUUUUCCUUUAAAAAACUUCUGUGUGAUUGUUCCACUGUGUUUGGGAUCAUUGUCAUGUUGAAAAAUUCCUCUUCUGCUGAGCUUCUUGAUACUACUUUCUGUAUGUGAUUAUACUAUUCUAUCUAUAAAUGUCAUCUUGCUGCACCUUUUGCACUCCUGCAGCCCCAUAUCUGCACCUCCAUGUUUCCCAGUCAGCACUACACACUUACUGUGGUGUUUCUGGCUGCGUCCAUGCCACCUCAUGUGGUCCUAAUACAUUUAUUUUGGUUUCAUAUCACCAAAUAAUGUGCUGCCAGUAUCCAUCAGGCUUCUUCCCAUGUGCUUUGGCAGAGCUUAAUCCUACAGUUUUGUGCCAUUUCGGGAAGCAGUGACUUUCUUCUUGGACACAAUCUGUAAAGCACGACUUCAUGCAGUGCCAUUCAUACUGUCUGAACAGUCAAUGAAAUCGUGACCACAGAUAAUCCUUGUGCCAAACCAGAAGCACAUGCACUGUCUAUUUACAAUGCAAGACUGCCUAAACAGAGAACUGUGCAUGAUGUCAGGUUUUUGAGGACAGCCACUGUGGCUUCUACCAGUAGUACAACUCUUCCUUUACUGCUGCUGCAACUUGAUGUCAGCCUUCUGCCAUCUUCCAUCUUUGUAAAGUCUCACAAUUUGGCUUCUUCCUUGUCCAGUCAGUUAGACUAAGACCUCACCUAGGCUUUCAUACAUUUUUAUUUCCACAUAUAGAAACUUUAAUAGUGCAUUAUUGAUAAUAUUAGAUGAAUUUGUUGCACAUUUCCAGCAGUCACUGAGACAACCAAUAGGAUUAAAUAGGGAGUCAUUCAGGAAACUCCCUUGAUGUCAAAUCCCUAACAUGGUUCAACCAUGUCUCUGUGGGAUCAUACUGUUUUAUCAACAUACAUUUGUCAUGCCAGCCAGGAUAUUGCUGCAUAUAUGUGCUGCACUGUAUAUUUGAGCUGUUUCAUAACAUGUAGGCUCUUAGGGAAGAUAAUGUAUCAUAUCUGUUAUUACAUGUGAUGUGACAUUGCUUCUUUCUGUAGCUUGUGGUUUAUGUCUCGGGUGGUGUAGGACAAUUACCAUUACAUUUUACAAAAAAAUAAACAUUAAAAUGCA